AUGGGAUUUCAUCAGCGAAAACUCUCUUCAAUCGUUUUAUUGAUAUUGAUGAUUGCUGUUUGUUCGAUUUUGGCCGCGCCCAUCGAUGAAGAGAUCACACAAUUAUUGAGUCGACGACGUCGGGAAUUGGAGAGUCUUCAGCUGGAGAGCUUGAUGGGCGAGCUGGCGCCUGGAGGGAAAGGAAUGGGAUUCAGACCGGGCAAA